CUUUAGCGCAAUUUCAUUUCAUGACUGUUGCCUAAAAACGUCACCCUUUGUGAGGGAUUACUAUAAUAACGUUCAAAAGUUGGAUAUAGCUGCAACACUAACAACUGGAUCUUUUUGAUUUUGGUUUUCACAUUGUCUUUUCAAGUUGCUAUAAUGAACAUCGAAAAGUUGCCUGAUGACUGCUUAUUAUAUAUUUUCCAUCUUUUCUUUCGAUUUGAGACUCUUCUGAAUUGUUCUGAAGUUUGUGAAAGAUGGAAAAGUUUGGUUCUUGAAAGACUACGCAGUGUUAGAUAUUUAACAGAUUCUCAGGAAAUGUUAGGCUAUCCUGCUGGCAAUACCAUACUCUUUAAAGAUAAUGAUCGACUUGUGGGAAUCGAAGUAUCAAAAUGGUUUCCUAAUCUUAAGAUUUUAGUUCCUCUCCGAGAUCUUGAUGCAAACUUCAUCGCAAAUUUAACAAUCAAAGGACUGGAAUUAACAUGUUACUCAGCUUCGGAAACUUUUAAAAAUGCCACUUUUCAUAAUCCAUCACUUGAAAUGCUAGCGAUUUCCCGCUUCUGUAGUUUUUUCGCCAACCAGAUCCAAGGACCAAUACUGAAACAAUUAUUCUUGAGAGACUGUAAUGUUUCAGAUUUUGCCAGAAUUGCUAAAUAUUUUCCGAAUUUGAAGAGACUUCAUAUUUAUAAAUUCCAUGGGCGCCCUUUCAGAGACAACUUUUAUACUGGUCCUGUUCUUGAAAAGCUAGAGAUUUUGGAAAUCUGUUUCGAGGGACAAUUGGGGACAGGUGAAUAUCAUGGAUUCAGCCUUGCAGAUCAUUGUCCAGCUUUGAAAAGUGCCUUUCACUAUAUCGAAACUGAUCAAGAAUUUUUCGUCGACUGUGAAAUCAAAAAUCAUUUUUUAGAAGAUCUGGUUCUUGAGUUUGAUUAUGAUUCUCCUGAUUGGUCAGUCUUAAGAUGCAUAUUGAGCAAGUAUCCAAAUUUGAAACAUUUGGCUAUCAGAGGCGAAACAGAAAUAUCUGAUGAAAAUAUUCCUGAACUUUUAGAGCUACUUCCUCGUAUUAUUCUUAUUGAUAUCAGAGAAUCGGAAGAAGUAACCGAAAAGUCAGCUGAAUAUAUUGAACAGGUCUGUAGACAGCAUAAUCGUUCAAUUUCAUUCUAUUGCCAAGAUGAUGAAACUGAAAUAACAAAGAAAUGGCCUCAUUCAUCAAGUAAAGGUGUUAUUAUUGGACGAGGAUUUAAUUUCAUGAAACACUGUUUCCUCAAUCGACAAGGGUGUUUGCCCCUUUUACUUGAUCCUGAUGAAUAAACAACGACCUUUUGUGAGAAUAUUGAGUCACAAAGAGAGUUGUUUCUGCGUUUUGGCAUUUAAUUUUUUUGUUCGUUAAAAUGAUAAAUAUUUUUGUAUCAGAUUUUUAUUACAAUUUGUCGAUAACCUUCCGUCAAUAGUAUGAUUAAAAACCAUUUCCCAGAA